AUGGCGACAAAUUCGUUUUCCGCACACGGGGAGGAAAUGCAGCAAGCGAUUCUGCAAAUGGCUCAACUGCUCCAACGAUUGGCCACGCCGACGCCGAUCAGCCAGGAGAAAGUGCUAGAGUCCCUCUCCACGAACAUCAACGAGUUUGUGUACGACCCCGAAAACGGCAUCACCUUCGAAAAGUGGUUUGCACGUUAUUCGGAUCUUUUCGACAACGACGCCCGGAAUCUCGACGACGCGGCCAAGGUACGUCUUCUCCUGCGGAAGCUGGAUCAUGCUUCACACAGCCGCUACGUGAACUACAUCCUGCCCAGGCUUCCGAAAGACAUCGAUUUCGACGAAACGGUUUCCACGCUGAAGAAAAUUUUCGGCACACCGACAUCCGUUUUUAACAAGCGCUUCCAGUGCCUGCAGCUGGUGAAAAACGAGGCCGACGACAUCAUCAGCUACGGUGGGAAGGUAAACCGUGCUUGCGAGGAGUUCGAGUUCGAGAAAGUGAACAUCGAUCACUUCAAGUGCUUGGUUUUCGUGUGUGGUCUCAAGGCACCACGCUACGCCGAUAUCCGAGCACGACUUCUUUCCCGCAUGGAGGGCGAGACGGCUGAUGCACCAGUGACUCUCCAGACGCUCAUCGACGAGUUCCAACGACUGGUCAAUCUCAAGGCGGACACGACGCUCAUCGAAAAACCAUCAGGUUCGAAGCAAGCCGUCCACGCGGUCUCGGAGAAAAAGGAGCACCAGUCUCAACGUCCACCGAAGCCGAAAGGUAAGCCAUUUCCAUCCACACCAUGCUGGCAAUGCGGUCAGGUCCACUACGUCCGUGACUGCCCGUUUUCCGACCAUCGCUGCAAGACAUGUGAUCGCGUCGGUCACAAGGAAGGUUACUGCGGCUGCAUCAAGAAAUCGCCCGGCGGUGAUUCCAGCCCAGCUCAUCCGACCGCAAAGAAGCCUACAAAGAAGAAGCAGAAGCAUUACGGCGGUUCCAGUUCCCAAACCCGAGGAGUCUCCGUGGUGAACCACAUCGCAAACCGUUCCAGGAAGCGAAGAUUCGUGACGACAACCAUCAACGACGUCACUACGUCGCUGCAACUGGACUCCGCAAGCGACAUCACGGUUAUCUGCGAGCAAACCUGGCAUCAGCUGGGUAAACCGGAAACGACACCUGCGUCGAUCGAUGCAGUCAACGCGUCCGGUGAGCCACUGGGGCUCAUUGGCGAGUUCCAAUGCGACGUCACGCUCAACGGAACAACGAAACGUGGCAAAUGCUUUGUCACGUCGUCCCCUAACCUCAACGUUUUCGGCAUCGACUGGAUCGAUAUGUUCGACUUGUGGUCGUUGCCAUUCGAUUCGAUCUGCAACAGCAUCGCUUCGACGACCAAGCCAGCUUUCGACGAUGAAGUCCAGAAGCUCCGGAGCGACCAUCCGGACGUGUUCGACGACUCGCUGGGGCACUGCACCAAGACGAAGGUAAAGCUUUUUCUUAAAUCUAACGCAAAACCAGUUUUUUGUCCAAAGCGCCCGGUUCCAUUCAACACCACUCCAUUGGUGGACGCCGAGCUCAACCGUCUCGAGUCGAUGGGAAUCAUCUCUCCUGUCGAUUUUUCGGAGUGGGCCGCUCCGAUCGUCGCCGUCCGUAAGCCCAAUGGACGUGUUCGCAUCUGUGCGGACUACUCGACUGGACUGAACGAUGCGUUGGAAGCGAACAACUAUCCUCUGCCGACGCCGGAGGAGAUUUUCGCCCAGUUGGCCGGAAGUCGCGUGUUCAGCAUCAUCGAUUUGUCAGACGCCUACCUGCAAGUCGAGGUGGACGACGAUUCGAAGAAGCUCCUAACCAUCAACACGCACAAGGGGCUGUUCCAAUUCAACCGCCUCGCUCCAGGGGUGAAAUCCGCACCAGGGGCAUUCCAGCGGUUGGUCGACGGCAUGAUUGCCGACAUUCCAGGCGUGCGCUCUUUCAUCGACGACGCCAUAGUUUUUGGUGCUACCUGGGAGGAACACGCAGAGUCACUCAACAAGCUGCUGACUCGACUGGCACAGUACGGGUUCCACGUCAAGGCGGAAAAGUGCAAGUUUUUCCAGACCGAACUCGGUUAUCUGGGUCACAUCGUGGAUCGUCAUGGCAUCCGCCCAGAUCCAGAGAAGCUGCAAGCCAUCGCCAACAUCCCAGCACCAACCAACGUGACCGAACUACGCUCGUUUCUCGGGGCCGUCAACUACUACGGUAGGUUUGUACGCAACAUCCACGAGCUACGUCACCCGCUGGACCAGCUGCUGAAGAAAGAUGUCAAGUGGCAGUGGAACGACCGAUGCCAGCAAUCGUUCGAAAAGUUCAAAGCGGUUCUGCAGUCCGAGCUGCUGCUGACACACUACGACCCGACGCUGCCUAUCAUCGUUGCAGCAGACGCCUGCAACACCGGCAUUGGUGCGGUGAUACUGCACAAAUUUCCGGACGGCAGAAUGAAGGCAGUUCAGCACGCUUCUCGCUCGCUCACACCAGCCGAGCAAGGUUAUGGUCAACCGGAGAAGGAAGCAUUGGCUCUCGUGUACGCGGUGACCAAGUUCCACAAAUAUCUGCUGGGACGCCACUUCACCCUGCAGACAGACCACAAGCCGCUACUCGCAAUUUUCGGAUCGAAGAAGGGCAUACCGUUGCACACUGCCAACCGACUGCAACGGUGGGCGCUGAUUAUGCUGAACUACGAUUUCGACAUCCAGCACAUUUCCACCAACGAUUUCGGUUGCGCCGACAUGCUAUCCCGGCUCAUCGAUCGGACCGCCCGUCCGGAAGAGGAAUACGUCGUGGCAGCAAUCAACCUGGAAGAAGACAUGGUGAGUAUCGUUAACGACUCGCUAGACAAACUUCCAGUCUCAUUCACAGCGUUACAACAUGCGACGAAGGAGAACAAGGUCCUGAAAUCGGUGGCGAGUUUCAUCGAGAAAGGCUGGCCACGUGACUCGAAGUCGGUCAACGAUCCGGAUCUCUUGCCGUACUACAAUCGGCGGGACUCUCUCAGCAUCGUCAAUGGCUGCGUGAUGCUACACGACCGUGUGGUGGUCCCUGACCAAUUCCGGAAGAAAAUCCUGAAGCAGUUCCACCGAGGCCACCCAGGAGUGGUUCGCAUGAAGGCAAUCGCUCGCAGUUUCGUGUACUGGCCCGGCAUCGACGACGAAAUCGAGGAGUUCGUCCGCAACUGCAAUCCCUGCUGCGUAGCUGGCAAAGCGCCGGUCAAAACAACCCUCGAAUCCUGGCCUGCACCGUCGAAACCAUGGUCCAGAAUACACAUCGACUACGCCGGACCUGUCGAUGGCGUGUAUUUCUUGGUCGUGGUGGAUCCAUUCUCCAAAUGGCCGGAGGUUUUCGCUACCAGGACGACAACAGCGAAUACCACUAUGCGCCUGCUCUCCGAAUCCUUCGCUACUUUUGGCAUACCGGAAACCAUCGUUUCGGACAACGGUCCCCAGUUCGCCGGACACGAAUUCCGGACAUUCUGCCAAAGCCUUGGAAUUCAGCACCUUCGAACAGCACCGUACCAUCCGCAAUCCAACGGGUUGGCGGAACGUUUCGUCGACACGGUCAAACGGAGCCUUCGCAAAAUCCGUUCGGGGGGAGAAUCACUGGACAGCGCACUGCAAACGUUUCUGCAAGUGUACCGUACCACUCCGACCAGCGACCUCGACGGAAAAUCCCCGGCAGAAAUCAUGUUCGGCAGGCCAAUCCGGACAAUUUCGUCUCUCCUACUCCCGCAGACCGAAUGUUGCAGUCCAUCAUCGAGCAAGUCUGAAAAACAAAAUGAAGCGUUUAAUAAGAAGCACGGUGCAAUUGCAAGGACUUUCGAACCUGGUGACCCAGUCUACGCUCAGGUUCACCAAGCAAACUCCUGGCAAUGGGAAGCAGCCACCGUCAUCGAGCGCAUCGGGAAGGUUAACUAUAACGUUUUCCUGGUGGACAGGCAACGAUUGAUCCGGUCACAUGCGAACCAACUGAAGAAGCGUGCGGCUGAUCCAGUCCGUACGGUCGAUUCCACACCGCUCUCCGUUUUCGUGGAUGAAUUCGGACUAUCCUGUCCGACUCCGGUCCGUGAUCCGAUUCCAGGCCCGGGUAAUCCAACAGUUCCUGCUAUGUCCGAACCAGAUUCUGGCGACUCGGAAUACUUUUCUGAGUCCGGUUCCGAAGAAGCUGCAGCACCGCCACCGAAUGUAAACAACAGACCGAGACGCACAACACGGCUGCCAGCGAGAUUCGAGCCGUACUAUCUCAGCUAA